AUGGCCACCCUACCAUGGGAUGAUGGGGACCGUGUCCGGGAGACCCUGUCCUGGGAGCUCUGGGGACACUGGGACCCUGGGACCUGCGCCGCCGACCUGUACCGCCACCCGCAGCUGGACGCCGACAUCGAGGCGGUGAGGGAGAUCUACAGCGAGAAUGCCGUGGCCGUCAGGGAGUACGGGACCAUCGACGACGUGGACAUCGACCUCCACGUCAACAUCAGCUUCCUCGAUGAGGAGGUGGCGACAGCGUGGAAGGUGCUGCGCACGGAGCCCAUCGUCCUGCGCCUCCGCUUCUCCCUCUCCCAGUACCUCGAUGGCCCCGAACCGUCCAUUGAGGUUUUCCAACCAUCCAACAAGGAGGGCUUCGGGCUGGGGCUGCAGCUGAAGAAGAUCCUGGGCAUGUUCACAUCCCAGCAAUGGAAACAUCUCAGCAACGAUUUCCUGAAGACCCAGCAGGAGAAGCGGCACAGUUGGUUCAAGACAAGUGGCACCAUCAAGAAGUUCCGUGCUGGCCUCAGCAUCUUCUCCCCCAUCCCCAAGUCUCCCAGCUUCCCUGUCAUCCAAGAGUCAGUGCUGAAGGGCAAGCUGAGCAUCCCCGAGGCUCGUGUCAACCGCCUGAUGAACCGGGGUAACCCAGCUGGCUCCAUUCCGGGCCUGGCGCAGGUUGGUGGCCACUGCAAGAACAUCCCGACGCUGGAGUACGGCUUUCUCGUCCAGAUCAUGAAGUACGCGGAGCAGCGGAUCCCGACGCUCAACGAGUACUGCGUGGUGUGCGACGAGCAGCACGUCUUCCAGAACGGCUCCAUGCUCAAGCCGGCCGUGUGCACCCGGGAGCUCUGUGUCUUCUCCUUCUACACCCUGGGCGUCAUGUCCGGUGCGGCGGAGGAGGUGGCCACAGGUGCCGAGGUGGUGGACCUGCUGGUGGCCAUGUGCCGUGCUGCUCUGGAGUCCCCCCGCAAGAGCAUCAUCUUUGAGCCUUACCCUUCUGUGGUGGACCCCAACGACCCCAAAACACUUGCCUUCAACCCCAAGAAGAAGAACUAUGAGCGGUUGCAGAAGGCCCUGGACAGCGUGAUGUCCAUCCGGGAGAUGACCCAGGGCUCCUACCUGGAGAUCAAGAAGCAGAUGGAUAAGCUGGACCCUCUGGCCCAUCCCCUCCUGCAGUGGAUAAUCUCCAGCAACAGAUCCCACAUUGUCAAGCUGCCUCUCAGCAGGCAGCUGAAGUUCAUGCACACCUCGCACCAGUUCCUCCUGCUCAGCAGCCCCCCGGCCAAGGAGGCUCGUUUCCGCACCGCCAAGAAGCUCUACGGCAGCACCUUCGCUUUCCAUGGCUCUCACAUUGAGAACUGGCACUCCAUCCUCCGCAACGGGCUGGUCAACGCUUCCUACACCAAACUGCAGGGCUCGGCCACCUGGUGGGAGCCCCCAGCAUGGGUGGUUGUCACCAUCUGUGGCACGUGUCCCCACCCCGGGGAUGCUCCCUGCGCGGGGGUGACGCUGCCUGGCUUCUCCACAGGGAUGGGGAAAGGGCAGCACCGGAUGCCUUCGAAGGAUGAGCUGGUGCAGAGGUACAACCGGAUGAACACCAUCCCCCAGCCCCGCUCCAUCCAGUCCCGCUUCCUCGACCUGCAGAACCCCGGCACCAUCUGGGUCUGCCCCGUCUCAGACCACGUCUGCACUCGCUUCUUCUUUGUGUAUGAAGAUGGACAAGUGGGAGAUGCCAAUAUCAAUACUCAGGAUCCCAAAAUCCAGAAGGAGAUCAUGCGUGUGAUUGGGACUCAGGUCUACACAAACUGA